AUGUUGUCUGCACAAAACCUUUUUCGUGUUGCAAUAAUAUUCAAUAUAUUCAUCAUCUUGGCUACUAUAGCUCAUCAAGCCACAUCUCAGGCGUUGAACGAAGCUUCCAUUGCUGAAAAAUAUGACCAGUGGAUGUCAAUGUACGGACGAGUAUACCCAAACAGUGAAGACAAGCAGAGGCGUUUCGCCAUCUUCAAGAAGAAUGUGGAGUUUGUGGAGAAUUUCAACAAGGAUGGGAAUAAAACUUACAAGUUAGGCGUCAAUAAGUUUUCAGAUAUGACCAAUGAAGAAUUCCUUAGACAACGUACUGGAGCCAAGAUGCCAACCAACAGAAGCUUAACCUCAUCCGAAAAUACACCUUUCCGGUACCAAAACUUGGAUGAUGUUCCACCUCAGAUUGACUGGAGGCAAAAUGGAGCAGUCACCCCUAUAAAGGAUCAAGGAAAAUGCAAUUCAUGUUGGGCAUUUUCAGCAGUGGCAGCUGUUGAAGGGCUUAUAAAGAUCAAAACUGGAAAACUGCUCUCACUGUCCGAGCAGCAACUUGUGGAUUGUGAUCAGUUUAACCGUGGCUGUCAACCUGGUCGCAUUGAUGCUGCCUAUGAUUACAUAUGGGACCAUGGACUAGCCAGUGAACAGGAUUACCCAUACUUCGGUAGCAAAGGUAAUUGUGACACUACCAAGGCCAAUAAGACGGUCACCCGCAUAAGUGGUUUCACAAUUGCGCCUCAGAAUGACGAAGACUAUCGACUUAAGGCUGUCUCCAGGCAACCGAUCUCAAUUUUCAUCGACGCUAGUGGGGCAGCGUUUCAGCAUUAUAGUGGCGGUGUCUUCUCCGGUGAUUGUGGGACGAACCUCUGUCACACUGUUGCCGUCGUUGGUUACGGGACUGAACAGGGUACCAACUACUGGAUAUUGAAGAAUUCUUGGGGUGAGAGUUGGGGUGAAAAUGGCUACAUGAGAAUUCUUAGAAGUGCUAAUCCGCCAUAUGGUCUUUGUGGCAUUAAUAUGGUAUCUUUGUUUCCGUAUUAG